UGUAUGAAAAGAAAAAAAGGCGUAAUCAAUCAAAAAUAUAUUAUAUGGAUUCAAUCUUAAACGAAGAUCCAACGUCAAAAAAUUGUAAUAAAAGAAAGCGAAUUCUUCCUCCAAUAAAUAAUGACAAAAUUUUUGAUUAUCUCCCUGAAUCUAUUUUGGCUACUCUUACACAUAGAAAUAAACAGUAUGAAAAUCUUGGACCAACAAAAAAAACAUAUGCUUAUAAAACAAAAGUGGACAAUGUAUGGAAUCAUGAAAAGAGCAGAGCAAAAAUAAAACACUUAAUUGAGCAGCCUUUUUGUAUAUGUGGAGCUGGAAAAGAUAUAUCAUUUCUUGUUGAUGCAAACACUAUUGAUCACUUUAAAUCAAGCAAUUCAAACAGUUUAAAUAUCAAUGAAGCAGCUAAAUCUUGGAUGACUAAUACAAUUAUUCCAAAAGAAUUUCAUGUUGUUAAACAUAAAGGCACUUUGGGAUUAGAAAUUCUUGAAGAUAAAUACACUGCACAAGCAAAAAAUCAUGAGGAGCAUUUAAUGAUCUUCCCUUCAAUGAAUCCAGCUGGAAGGCAAGAAGCAGCUCAGUUGUUGAAAACGAUGAAUGAGAUGUUAAAGAAAGCUGGAAUCUUUGAGAGACAUGAAGUAUUGGGUGCUGAUGGUGAAGAGGCUGACAGCAAGAUUGAAAGUUUGUUAAAACUUGUUCAGGAUGAGCAGAAAAUUUACAAUAUUGUCUUUAAUGAGAUUAUCAGACAAGUCAGUGUAGAUUGUUUAGAAAGAGGAAAGAUUCUUGCUGAACUUAGAAAGCACUAUGCUAGCUUGCUAUAUAAAGUCCCCAUACAUAUAAAGAAUUUACAUGAUGAGAUACUUGCAAUAAGAGCUCUGGAUAAAAGGCUUACUGAGGAGCUAAUUAAUUUCAAGUCAACCAUAAAGCAUCUGACAAAUGAGUUAAAUGAUGUCCAGCUUCAUGAUCAAGAAAUUACUUGCAAAGCCAUGGAGACUAAAGAAGAGUUAGAUGAAGUGCUUAAAGAUUCUCAGGCUGAUGCUAGUCGACUGCUUGAUUAUCAUGAAUUAUAUGAACUACAAAGACACAGAAUGGAGAAUCAACUAUCGAAGCUAAUAGAUGAGCGUAAUCUAUGGACUGAAACUGCAUUCAUGUUAUCAUUAAAAGUUAUAGAAAAGCAUAAAAUGAUGACACUUCAUAGGCUUCAUUUGUUUGAAGAACUUUGGCACAAUAUUAUUAGUCAGGCUGUUAAAACAUUAUUACAUAAAGAUGAACAACAGAUGGAAUUGAUAAAAAACAAUGUAAAUGAUUGGCUAAGAGUUGGUAAUCUAUUUGAUGAAAGAUUAUCUCAAGCUGAAGUAAACAGCUACUUAAAUAUCAAAGAGGUUUUUUUGGAGAUCAAAGAUUGGGCUUCAAAGUUCCAAACUCAACUUGAAAAAGGUUUUCAGCAUCUACUAAAUGGUAUUAAUAUUAAAGAGUUACUUAGCAGAUUGAAAUCUUGGGAAAAACAUUUUCUAAAUGAAGCUGACAGGUUUUCUGAUGCUAUAUUGCUUUGUAAUGAAGACGAUCUAUUAAAAAUGACAUCGUGUUUAGAUCUUUGUUGGGAAAACUCUGCUCAGGUGUUUCAUCGUCAUUUUUUAAAAAGUAAACAGCAUCCUCAACAUAGUAUAAUGAUUGAAUUGAAAAAAAAAAUCAAAGCACUUCAUAAUCAUUUAAGUAUUCGUAUGUGUGGAGAGAAUGGUCUUACAAAGUCAAUCAAUUCUUUAACAUAUACAAUGAACAAAUGGAUAAACAAGAUCAAUGGUGUAAUUGAUGGUCAGCUACUAUUUGAUUCGGAAUGGAUUCAGUUUGCUGGACACUUACAACAACAGUGGUUAGAUUCAAUUUCAAAUAUUUUGAGCAUUCUCUCUACUUCAAUAAAUAAUCUAAAAUUUGACGCUAAUACAUUAGAAAGUUCACCUCAAACAUAUGAUAUUGUGCUACCAGAAAAAAAGAAGUCUAAAUCUCAAUUUAUGCUGGUCAGUGAGGAACUUCAAAUCUGGUUAAACAACACUGUUGAAAGCAUCAAUGAAGAAAAUAACAAAACACUAGAACAAGUUUCUCAAACACACUUAAGCAUGAUUCGUUGGGCAAUUAUUUUUCUUUUAAGAAUGACUCCAGAUGUUGAAUCUCGAAAUGCUAGUAAAGUAACAGUUGCAGACGUUAAAUCUGUGAUUAAUUUAAGUAUAUUAGAUGAAUGUUCAUCUCAAGCUAUUGUCAAACAAGCAAACACAAUUUUUAAGAAUUUAGUAUCUUUAUGUGAACUUGUAAAUGAAGCUUUAAAAAAUGACUCUGCACUGUUUAGCAGUGACGAUCUUAAAAAAAUUGAGAUUGAAUCUCAAGGAUGGAUUCAAACUGCAAGUCUGCUAGCAAAAGAACUUUCUGAUGAAUUUGUGCAAGUUGAUACUUUUACUCAGGGUCAAACACCUCUUAUUACUUAUAAAAAAAUAGAGAAAAACCAGUUUUCUUCUAAAACAAAUCCUCAAGAAAAUGUUUUUGAUACUGUCUCAGAAGAUUUACAUUCAAAUCAAAUAAUUGAUGUUUCUGUAGAUGAUUUGGAUCCAUCUGAUAACUUGAGCCCCAAAGUAAAUAUUAUUAGUGAUAACGAAAUCUUGAUCCGGAAAUCUGUAAAUUCAUUUAACAAGGUAUUAAAGACAGCAUUCAAAGAAGGUCCUGUCUUGAAUAAUGGUGAACUUAAUUCGCUGCAACAUUUACAAUCACAACUUAUAAGCACAGAAGAGCGUGCCCAAAAUGCUGAAGAACGUGCUUUGGCAGCGGAAUUGUCGCUAAAAAUAUCAGACGAAAAAAUUAAAGCUCUCGAAAGAAACGGCAUGAAGUUAUCAAAACAUUUAUUAACAAAAAAUUAGUUAUCACGUGA